AUUACAUUAUACCUUCUGUAAUUGUUACAGUGCCAGCGCCAACAUACAAUGGCGCAAGGCAUUGCCCUACUCCUGUGGGCAAUCGCUGCGAGCUUCGCCAUCGCAGGUUCUACGUCAGCUUCCCUUGUCGAUAAUGUCGGCCAUCGUCGCAGCCUUCUGACAGCAAACAACGGUUUUCCAUGGUGCCAGUGCUUCACAUAUGACUGCGCCUGCAGUCCAUACAAGGUCACCUUGGCGGACUAUGCUGUGACCGCUACGUCAACCAAGACGUGCUUCAACAUUGCCUACAUCGGCUGCGAUGAGACGCUCGCGUGCUGUCGCGGUAUGCUCAACGCUAUUGAUAAGCUGACGUUUGAGACAACGCAGCAAUGCAGUGUAAAGUCCAACAUCCCCCGGGUGACUGUCAACGGGCAGCUCUACACCUCCUGGAACACCUACUCCCAUAACACCACUUUUGGUACCGGCUACGAGCUGAAGAUUUACAACCUGGCUAUGACCAACGCCACCUUUGUCGGAACGCAAAUCUGCAUCACCUCUAAGAAGCCCUGCGGCACCUUUGGAGAUCUGUGCUACAGCUCCGUUACGAAAGGAUGCCGGUACUCUUUCGCCGACGUGUCCACCACUAACUACUGCCCCAUCUGCGUGUUCAACCAGUCACCACCUCCGUCGCCACAGCCCCCUGUUCGUGCUCCCCCCUCCCCCAAGCCUCCGUCGCCAUAUUCUCGGCCUCCCUCGCCCGCUCCUCCUUCUCCCAAGCCACCAUCGCCCGCUCCGCCGCCGUCUCCUUCCCCUCCGACUCCGCAUCCUCCCUCGCCUGCACCACCAUCUCCCAAGCCUCCUUCGCAGCCUCUGCCACCUUCGCACCCACCCCCUUCCCCGCCCCCUCCUCCUCCUCCACCCCCUCCGCCGCCCCCUCCGCCGCCGCCUCCUUCCCCGCCGCCUCCCGUGCCUCCUUCCCCCAAGCCUCCUUCCCCCAAGCCUCCCUCCCCCAAGCCUCCUUCCCCCAAGCCUCCUUCCCCCGCGCCCCCGUCUCCCAUGCCUCCUUCACCGCCUCCCCCCUGCCCGGUUUGCGCUUUUGUGACCAUCGUUCCUCCUUCGGAUCUGGGCAACAGGACGCUGUUCACCUUUGGCAAUGGUGCCUCCUGCGCGGUUGGUGAUCUCCUCAUUUCACAAAUCAACUCGGCCGCCUCCUACGUUGGCGCCAAGAUCUUGGUGCCCUUCUCGCUGGUCGAGUGUUCCGCAGCCUACAACGCCACCGCCUCCCUGUACCCCUUCGUGAAGGUCUGCGGUGUGUGGGCUUCGGACGCUGAUGGCGCCAAGCUGGCUGUUGUCACUGCGGAUCGGCCCUUGAGCCCCCUUGAGACUAUGAUGACCCAGUGGGUUAACAACGUCACUGGCAUCUGCCCCAGCUACCUUUCGGGCUACACUGUGAAUGCCGACGUGUACGAUCCCAGCGGUGUUGGUACCUGCCUCAACGGUCACUUUGAUCACCAAUGCGCUGCGAAUGCUGCUCCCUUCCCGCCUCCGGGGUUGCCCCCGAAGAAGCCCUCGCCGCCCCUGCCGCCGCCCCCUUCGCCUCGGCCUCCAUCGCCACCAUCGACUGUGGUCGCCACGCACGAUUGUGUGCAGAGCACCGCGAAUGUUCCCUACAGCAUUGGGCCGCUGUUCACCAUUAACACGGUGGAUCAGUACAACAAGUCAGCGGUCGGCAUGUGCGUCAAGGUUGCAUCGCAAUCCUGCAAGGCGUCGAAGUACUGCUGCGGCAUGGACUUUGCAAAGGUCGAGGUCCCCAUCACGCCAGCCUGCAAGACCGAGCUCCGCCAGUUGCUUAUCAACGACAAGGCCGUUUUUAACAGCUGGGGCAACUACGACCCCAUCCUUACCCUCAAGUUUACAAGUCUUGUCGACAUCCUUCCGAAUCCCGAUAGUGCAACCCUUUGCUGGGUCGUCCGCCCUGGGUCGUGCGCCGACCCUGCCAGCUUCUGCUUGAACGGGCACUGCCAGGUGUCCAUCUUUUCAUCCAACAACAAGUGCUGCCCUGCCACUCUGGUUUCUUGAUGAAGAGUUUCAUCUUUGCAUGAUCAUCACAUCGCAUCAUUCCGCAAUCUCAUCAGGUCGUGCGUGUCUUCCAUGGUUAGCAGGUAUUGUUUGCACGCCAGUGCUUAGUCAAUGGAUGGAGAAGUAUCUAUAGCAGGUUCUUUAGGCGCGCAGCGGUUGAUUGAAUAUCUUCUUGCCUAGUCAGGGGUGGUCUUUUAUUUUUUGUGGGUAUUUUUGUCCCUAUCACGCAUUUCGUGGCAGCGUACCAAUGGUCAGGCGUGCUGUUCUCGCAAUGUGUCACUUAUUAUUCUGUAGAUACUGUAGACGAUAGGUAGAUGAUGGAUGUAGACAUGUAGUUCAUAGGCCAGGAUGUAGCUGAUUAUCCUAGAUAAGCCAACGCUUAUUAAUGAACAUAACAUUUUCAUAAGUACUGUAACCGCAUUUAUGUACACAA